AUGACCGCCGACCGGAAAGAGCCGGAUGCAGCCCAGCCGCCUGGGCCUGAACUGCACGCUGCCAGGUUGAGGCAGCACGCGGGGACGGCACCCUUUGACUUCGAGGGGAAUGCGACCAACGAAUCUCCCUCGGCACCUUCAAGGCUCCACCAACUCGCAGAACCAGCCACUUCGCAAGAAUCCGUCUUUCGAAACCGGAAUCCGUCGUCUAACAGAAGUACCCGGUCUUGUCGUCGGCGGACCUGCAGAUACGCUCGCCGUAGACAUGAACAGAGCCGAAGUCGGCGUCGAAAGCCGUCCAGGUGGACUCGCCAUGAGGAGCGUCGGAGACACAAUGGUCGGCGCGUUUCCACGUCAAGGUCGAGUCGGAGCAGGACACGGAGACGGCGGCGCGACCGUCGGCGAACUCGACGUCUAAGCAAGCGUCGACGGCACGGGCGUGGAAGAAGGAGGAGUCGGCGUCGCUCCAGCUCUUGGAGGCCCCGCUUCUCCUCGGUCUCCCCGUCGAUUCCGGUGCAGCUGCCCUGUGGGCUAACAUCUGUCGAGGUCUUCGAUCUCCUUUCACGUGAGAUCACGCCAGACGAUUACGAAUUGCUGCUGCGCUUGGACCGGGCGGUAGCACCACCCGUUGCAAGCAGCGACCGCAUUGAGGCACUUCCGAGCCUUCUGCCGGCAGACUUCUCGGGUGGCGUGUGCUCCAUAUGCUUAAUGCCAUUCCAGGAAGACAGCAAUGUCACUGCGAUGAGCUGCAAGCAUCACUUCCACCGCAGCUGUAUUUCAAAGUGGUUGGCAGAGUGCCGAAAGACUUGUCCGCUCUGUGGUAAAGAUGCGUGA